AUGAUUGCUUCUUUUGCUUUUAAAGGUGGAUAUUUGUAUGUCGACGAGAUACUGAAGAGCAGGCAGUUUAUUGGCGUCACUAUUUCCAAACUGGAGGAAAUUGUCAGAUGCGAUGCGAAAGGCAGAUAUGAACUCAAUCAAUCCCCUCGUAGUGGACGUCUCAGGAUUCGAGCUGUACAGGGUCACUCCGCAAAAGUUGAUGGUCUGGAUCUCACACCCAUCGUCCGUGGUGCGGUGAAAACGGCCGUCCAUGGGACUUAUCUUCGAUUUUGGCCAAGCAUCUCAAAACAGGGUCUGUCUCGAAUGUCUCGGAGUCACAUCCAUUUUGCCACAGGGGAUCCCGGAGAUGAAAGCGUAAUAUCUGACAUGCGAUCUUCCGCCCAAGUUUUGAUCUACAUCGACAUCGACGCAGCUAUUCGUGGUAAAGUAAAAGUGUGGAAUUUAGUUCAUUAA